AUGUUCGCAUCAUCCAAAUACAAACCAUUUCGAAGCGGAAGCAACGCAAGCUCAACAUCACCACUCCAGAGUCUCACCAUGCGAUUCUGGCGCCGCCCCGCGACCCGGGCCUCUGUCCCAUCCGCAGCUUCGGUCCACGAUCCUCCACCGCCCUACACCGAGUCUUGUCCGCCACGCUCUACCAGCCCCGAGGCUGAAAGCCCACCGCCCUACACGGUGUCUUCUCCUCUAUUUUCUAACGGCUCCGAAGCCGAAACUCCGCCAGCCUACCCCCUUGAGGUGUUUCAUCAGCAGGUUCCGAUCUUGUUCUCUCAUGAAUUCCUUGGCGACGCUAACUCUGACUACGAAACUGAAUGCGACCACGAGACUGAAACUGAACCAGACAUAGGCGGCGACCCGUUAGAGCGAUACUCAGCAAGCCCCGUUCUAAACUACCUUGAUGAACAUGGUGUGGUGCGGCAUGUGCACGGGACGUUUUCGCUUGGAUUAAGGGAAUCUUACGAUGUUGACGUUGAGCCUGGCGAUGAUGCAGUACCCCCAUAUCAGAGGGCUGAAGGAGGAUGGAGGAUCGAGAGUAUUGCAAGGGCUGUGAUUGUGACAUUCCUGGUCGCAGUGCUGUUAGGGAUGGGGGUCUCGACAGGGCGGGUGUUUCUUAGGAUGGGGCCUCGCCCUUAGCCACCGGUAUGGCACAUGGAGAGAUGGUGGAGAAGAGUUUAAAUGCGGUGCGGUCAACG